AAUUACCACUUUGGCAGUGUCAAGGCACUUGCCGAACUUGCACAGGGCCUGGCCGCCUGGGACUGCGCACGCCGCACUAGCACUGCAGUACUGCACCCAAACGUUUCUUUCUUUGUUUCCCUCUUUACCGCAGCCAUCAUGCUUGGAUUUUUCGAUAUCAUGAUUGUGUUAGGGUCAUUGGCCUUGUCGCUGGCUAUCUUAGUGCCAUUAGCUGGCGCAUUGGUGCGCUUCAGAGCGCACUACAACCCAAAGGGCUUGCAACUUGAUUCAGAGGGCGGUGUGCAGCCCCACACUGGCCCAGUCAUCACAUCCUUCUUUUCCAUGCUAAGAAGGGUACACAGAAUCGAGGGUUGGCCAGGACUAUACAAGGGAUUGAUGCCCUCGUUGCUGUCAACUCUCGUCAUCACAUUCUUCUUGAUGAUCUUCUUGACCGACAGUAACCUUCGCCAUGGAACAUACAGCGCGCCUGAUGCAGGCGCCGUCGGAAUACUCGUCUAUAGUAUUUUUGCCAUGCUUGUAUCUCUUCCUCAAGUAAUCAUCACGAACCGUGCAAUUACAACACCGCAUAAGCUGCCGUACUUGAACCCAAUUUACUCACUCCGUAUUCUCCUGACACCCACUGAACGUCGGAGACCUUGGGUUCUCUAUCUCACGCCCGGUCUCCUUGCCGCUCAAGUCGCGCACAUAGCCUACGUCGUUCUCGGUCUGCGGACCAUCCGGCAGCUCCUUCUCCCAGAACUUGCGAACCCGGGCAUGCCUCGCAGAGAGGAGAUUUCCCCCGUCAAGCUCGUCAUCUUCCUCGUCAUCGCGCUUCUGAGCACAGUCGUUCUCACCCCUUUGGAAGUUAUUGCUAUUAGACUUUCUAUCCAACGGAACCACGCAGCCCCUGAAUUCAACUCCAUCUCACAGGAGGAGGACGGCGACGCUGAUGAAGCAACAGAGUACGCUGGUGCUGAUGAGGAUGUUAUUGGCCUGAGAACCGAGAGGGAGCCCUAUAUUGGCUUGGUUGAUUGCGCGAAGAGGAUUAUCGAAGAGGAAGGCUGGGGCGCGUUGUAUCGUGCAUGGUGGUUGACGACAUUAGGCAGCCUGAGCGGCGCAUUCUCAUAAAGAAUUUCAUUUUCUGGUCCAUACCGAACCCCCAAUGGAGCGUAUCUCGAUCCGCGAAGACGGCUUUCGAAUGGGAGACAUACUAUGCAUUGUAUUACCGUUGUACUUGGCCGCCCCUCGUUAAUUUCAUGACAGCUGCCCGCAUCAUACUUCGCGUAUUACAUGGGUGCAGCAUGGUCUGACUGAUCUCUUGCGGACACAGUGGUCGACUGAGCACUGAACAGCGAAUGGAGAAGAAUUAUCGAAUCAUUACA